AGAGCUUGCAAGAACUAUUGCAGCAGCAUGUCCAACUAGCCAGGUUAGCAGUUAUUCUAUCCUUCCCAAGGGUGCCGCUGCUGCUGAGCGCAGGAGAGGAUGGUCAUAGCCAUGGGAGCCAGGAAAAAUCUGAAAAGGAAUGAGCAGACGAGAGACCUGGCAUUCCUUGGGCAGCUUGAAAGAGAGGUGAGGUAUCUGAAUCAGCGCAAGAUGAAAUGAGCACUGGCUGCUGCCAUGUUGGCAGAACAGAGCUGUUCGCAGGCAGUUGGACAAGUUUGUGGCUGAGCCGGUUUAUCCUGUAUUGAAGAUGGGAAGUUACUUGUCUGCCCCUGCUUACUUCGCUCCCAAGGAUCCCUUUCGGUGCUCUGAAUGUCAGGAUCCCCUCACGAACUGGUACUAUGAGAAAGAUGGGAAACUGUACUGCCACAAAGACUACUGGGGGAAGUUUGGGGAAUCUUGCCAUGGCUGUUCUCUGCUGAUGACUGGUCCUGUGAUGGUGGCUGGCGAAUACAAGUAUCACCCCGAGUGCUUUGCUUGCAUGAGCUGCAAAGUGAUCAUUGAAGAUGGGGACACUUAUGCGCUCGUGCAGCAUUCCACUCUCUACUGUGGAAAAUGCCAUAACCAGAUUGUGCUGACACCGAUGAUAGAAAAACACUCCACUGAGUCUCUGCGUGAGCAGUUGCCUUAUACAUUGACGCUCAUCUCCAUGCCAGCAGCUACUGAUGGCAAGAGAGGUUUCUCCGUAUCUGUUGAGGGUGGCUGCUCCAGCUAUGCCACUGGUGUCCAAGUGAAGGAAGUUAACAGGAUGCACAUCAGCCCAGAUGUCCGAAAUGCCAUCCACCCUGCAGACCGUAUCCUGGAGAUUAAUGGAGCUCCUAUUCGUACACUACAGGUGGAGGAGGUGGAGGACUUGAUUCGCAAGACAAGCCAGACACUUCAGCUGCUGAUAGAGCAUGACCCUGUCUCACAGCGCUUAGACAGGCUUCGUUUGGACUCACGGCUUCCCAGCCACAUAAAGCCACCCAUUUCCCCCCGCUCCAUCUCUCCACUGGACAUCAAGGAGAACCUGGAAGGAACACUCCGCCGGCGAUCCCUCAGGCGAAGUAACAGCAUUUCUAAGUCUCCUGGCCCCAGUUCUCCGAAGGAACCGCUCCUUCUGAGCCGUGACAUCAGUCGCUCUGAAUCCCUACGUUCCUCUUCUAGCUGCUCCCAGCAAAUCUUUCGGCCCUGCGACCUGAUUCAUGGAGAAGUACUAGGAAAAGGAUUUUUUGGACAAGCAAUCAAGGUGACUCACAAAGCAACGGGAAAGGUGAUGGUGAUGAAGGAGCUGAUUCGCUGUGAUGAGGAAACACAGAAGACUUUUUUGACAGAGGUGAAAGUGAUGCGCAGCUUGGAUCAUCCCAACGUGCUGAAGUUCAUCGGUGUACUGUACAAGGACAAGAAGCUAAAUCUCCUCACUGAGUACAUCGAGGGUGGCACCCUGAAGGACUUCCUCCGCAAUGCGGACCCGUUUCCCUGGCAGCAGAAGGUCAGCUUUGCCAAAGGAAUUGCUUCUGGAAUGGCUUACUUGCACUCCAUGUGCAUUAUUCACAGAGACCUGAAUUCACACAAUUGCCUAAUUAAGUUGGAUAAGACGGUGGUGGUGGCUGACUUUGGUCUGUCUCGGCUAAUUGUGGAGGAAAGAAAAAAGCCCACUCUGGAGAAACCAUCUGCCAAGAAACGAACCCUGCGGAAGAGUGACAGGAAGAAGCGCUACACGGUGGUUGGCAACCCAUACUGGAUGGCCCCAGAAAUGCUAAAUGGACAGAGCUAUGAUGAGACAGUGGACAUCUUUUCAUUUGGGAUUGUUCUUUGUGAGAUCAUAGGCCAGGUUUAUGCUGACCCGGACUGUCUCCCACGCACACUGGAUUUUGGCCUUAAUGUUAAGCUGUUUUGGGAAAAGUUUGUUCCUGCUGACUGUCCUCCAGCCUUUUUCCCUCUGGCUGCCAUUUGCUGCAGACUGGAACCAGAGAGCAGGCCCCCUUUUUCCAAGCUGGAAGAUUCUUUCGAAGCUCUCUCUCUCUACCUGGGAGAACUUGCCAUCCCCCUCCCGUCUGAGCUGGAAGAGCUGGACCACAACGUGAGUGUGCAGUAUGGACUGAACCGUGACAAGCUCCCUGAAAACACAACCUAGUCAGGUUGUCCUGCUGCCUGCACCACUUCUGUUGGAGUCGAGUGACGGGGAGGGAGAUGCACUUCAGCCACUUCCAGGGCAUUAAAGGGGCACCGUGCUGUGCAUUCGCUGCAUUGCCUCUCUCUCCCCACCCAACCCUCCUCCUCUUGGACACCCUGAUUCAUUGUGGAUUUCUGGCAUGUUUCAGAAGCAAAAAGGACUGUUUCCUGCCAACUGCACCUAUGAAAGCUGCUCAACACUAUUUUUCUGGCUUGAGAAAUGUUUCUCUGGCCUUUUCAGGCUUCUUUACUGUGGUGCCUUAGAACUUGGCUGCAAGCUGUGAAACCACCCUGGCCUGUCCGCCAGGGAGGGAAUUGCUAUAGGAAACUCUCCUGGGUGAGGACCAGCACUUCUGGAACUUCUGGAACUCCUUCCACUGACUACCCUGCUCAGAAAGUUGGGGAAAUUGGACAUCUGGCAAAAGGCCCCACCAGGACUGUGUGUGUGUGUGUGUGUGUAUGUUUGUGCAUGUGUUUUCCAUAACAGCCUGUUGAAAUUUUGGCCUCCAGUGUCCAGGGAGUGAAAAAGCCUAGGAACUGGGCAACUCUCAUGGGGAAACGUGUAUGCAUUUUUGUUUUGGUUUUGUUUUGGUUUUGUUGGUUUUUUCUUCCUCUCUCUCUGAAUACCUCCAAAAGCCUGAAACACUAAGACUGAGCUCUGCUUGCCCCUCCUGAUAUUGACCCAGGCAGGCAGCAGAUGAGCCACUUGAACAUCUUCAGACCCUGAGCCUGCACAGCAAGUCUUGCCUGCCCAAGGACCUUAACCUAUGUGAGAUUAUUUGAACCUGAAUGUGUAGAACUGCACUAGGCACUGGCUGAGGUCAUCCAUGGAGAGAUGAAGCUGCUGGAGUGCUCGGCCUGUGGACAUGAGGUCACAGAAAGGGUGGCAGAAGGUGCUCUUCAGGAAGCUGAAGGUCUGAAGUGGCUCAGGCUUUGUGCAUGAGACAUGCCCAAGGCUACUUCAAGGAUGGACUUACUGGUAAACAGAAAAGUGAUGGAGACUGUCCCAUCCAGUCAGGAGUGGCAGCUGGAGAACUAAUAAUUCAGUUGCCAUUACCUCAUCUUUCCCUGCAGGCUGUGCAAGUUGCUCCGUUUGAAGGUCGUCUUGCAGCUGCUGUUGUAGCCCCUGAGCUGAUUGUCCAAGCAGAAACUUUCUUCAAGGUCAUUCCCUGCUUUGGGGGAGAAAAAAGGGCUUGGAGUCACUGGGAGGGGGGUGGGGGUUGUUUUCUUCCAGCACUUCUUCAGCUGAAGGAGAAGGAAGCAAGCUACUGUCUCAGUAGCUCAUGUGGUUGUCAGAACCGAACAAAAAGCUGGCUCAAGUCCUGCUCUUAAGUUCUACGAACCUCUUGGUUUAACUGGAUUUUUAGUGUGCUUUCUCCUUGUGUCCCCCCAUCCCUCUCAGUGCUGAAUGGUGGGAAAUGGGUGUUCAGUUACUUUGAUUUCCACCAUUUACCCAUGAGUUCAAAGUGUCGUGUAAAAUGACAUGGGACCAGUCAUCACCUGACAAAAUGUGCGUGGGGGCGGGGGGUUAGUCUGUGUAAUGGUGUUUUUAGAAACACGGGGAAUGGCUUGUGCUGUGAGUCAGUGAAGGAGCCUCUCUAAACUGGGUCCAGUGGAUUCAGUCAGGAUUGUCAAUAGGAUUCCCCACCUCCCCCCUUAGGCUGGUUUGUGAGGGGACCUCUGAAGGGGGGGUCCUGGGUCAUGUGUGGGUGGGGUUUAUGAACUGUGAUUUGCACAGCUCCAUGAUCUAACUAAAUUAAAAAACAGUAAACGUAUGCUGUGGAAACAGGA